AUGUCAAAAUAUACUUUUCUAGUGGCAUUUUUAGCUGUGCUCAGCCAUGCCGACCUCAAUGAAGUUCAGGAUAUUCAACUAACCCAGGUGCCGAUUGGGUUGGAGGUUCAGUGGGAAAACAAACAUAUGGCUGUAGAGGAGCAUCAUAUCCAUGAAUUUGACAGGCCAUCCUUCUUUACUCUCCAUGACUACGAUAGCAAUGGCCACUGGGACAUUUAUGAAAUUCUCAAGACUUACGGCAUGGACGAUCCUUCAGCUAGGGAUGUACCAGACAUGAAGAAGAACGAAAUAACGCGCACAAUACUAGCAUUGAUUGAUAAGAAUGCAAACAACAUUAUCGAGAAGAGCGAAUUCUUAGAGUUCGAAGGCUCGCUUCCAGAAUUUGGGUUGGGACCCGGACAUCAUUGGGAUAUGGAGACAGAGUAUGAAAUUCAUCAUUGGGAAAAAUAUCACGAUGAGAAUACCAAGGAAGAAGACUUGACGCAUCAAGAGGAUAUCGAACACUUUAAACUCCAUGAUGAGCUUGAGGAUGAGGCUCUUCGACAAGCAGGGCUCGAUAAGCUCACUAUAGUCGAGCAGAAUAUUCCAGCCAAGUUCAAGAGAAAUAAGUGA